CGCGCGGUGUUCGUAAACGAGUCGGUGUGCAUCGGAUGUCGCAUGUGCAACCACAGCGCGGCGAAGACGUUCAUGAUGGAACAAGAUUACGGACGCGCGCGCGCGUUUCAACAGUGGGCGGACAGCGAAGAGGACAUUCAGAUCGCCAUAGACUCCUGUCCGGUGGACUGCAUCUCGUGGGUCAACAAGAAGAAUUUGCCCAUACUCGAGUACGCGAUG